AGCGUUUUCCCGAGCCAGGAAAGACCUUCAAGUCCGCGUUCACUUCUUAAAAUUCAAGGUCAUCACGUUAUGUCUGUUGACCGUAAAUUUUUGGAUAUAUUUUGGGAGUUGUCAGCAGAUGAUGAGUCUAAAAGAGUCAUUGCGGUUGAAAAACUAGUUAACGCUCUUAAGGAUAAAUCGAAUGAUGUGAAAACCACAUAUUUCACAUAUACCAGGCAGAGGCUCGUGAAAGGUCUAAAGUCGUUCGAAGAGUUUACACGGAUUAGUUUUGAAAAUUGUCUCACACGCCUUUUAAAUGAUUUUCCAUCAGAAACAUCUACUGCGGAACUGUUGCAAUCAAUGCGUGUUCAUGUAUACUCCUCAGAACCAUCUACUAAAAAUGAACGCUCAUCAGUGAAGGCAGCAUAUUUGGCUUGUCCAAGAGUACUUUGUGCAACGCACAGGAUGAAUGAGGUUGAUGAGGAAUUCACCAAAAUGAUGAUUCCUCCCAUUUUAUUGUUGACCAAAAGUGCCCAUCACAGGACAGCUGCUUACUUAACAAUAUCGGAGGUCAGCACUAAGGCACCGAAGCAUUUCUUUGAUACAGACUUAAAUGAGUUCCUUAAAGCUACGUGGAAUGAUAUGAUGUCUUCAAACACAAGCCUAACAGGUGAACUUUUACUAGUCAUACUGUCUUUCCAACAUCGUUUUAAGAAGCGUCUUCAGAAACUGAAUAUUCCGCUGGUGGACUUUUCCGAGAAGAAAUACCGCCGGAAGCUUCUUUUCAGUAUUCUCCACUCUGACGAUGAUGUUGUCGUGAGAUUGAUAGAUGAAGUGGUGAAGCUCAAUAUGCUUACUGAUGUUUGGACUCCCAUAAAAGAAUCGUUAUGCUCUAACAUCAACGAUACCAAAAAUACUUUACGAUUUCUACAAAUAGUUGUCCACAUUGUGUGUAACAGUGAUGAAAAGUCUGCUGAACUGGUCAUAAGUAAGGAUGUCCUUGAUAUUUUCAGCAUGCAGCUAUCUGAUUCAAAGUAUAAAUAUUUUAAUAAGGUGUCAAAUUUGUUAAAAACAAUGAUUAAGAAAGUUGUUGACUCUGUAAAUACUGACAAAUCUGUAUGUGACUCGUCAACUUCGAAUCAGUUAUUGGAAUUGAUUGUUACCAAUUGUCCUUUGUUUGAUUUCUAUUGCGAUACGGGCGCUCCUAAGCUAUGUCAGAUUAUCUUCGAAUCUGCACCGUUAUCGCUGACACUUGACACUCUUCAGUUGUUUGUCAAACAACUAACGCAUGCCUUUGCUAACACUGAAAUCUAUAACACAUCGAAAGCUGCAAAUCCUAAGACAGAUGAUUCUGGAUACUGUCAUUCACCUGAUACUGUUCGUCUGUUUAUCAUCAAAUAUCUACAAAUCAUUAUGCAAACAAUUAUAAGAUUCAGACAUGCAGAUUCAGGAAAGCUGUUUGAUGAGAUACUCAACUUUUUAAUGACGAUUGGUUUAGCCUAUUCGCAUAAAGUUGAUAUGAGCAAUUUAAAAGUACCAAUCUCUGAAACUGUUGGUAAAGGCGCUUGGUCGGCUAUAUUUAGUACACUGGAUGGCAUGAUUCUUCAGACGGCUAGCACUAGCAAGCAUUCUGAUCCACAUCAAGCAUCAAAAAAUAUCUCCAGCCUAGACGUAAUUAAACACUUUAUAACUCUUAUCAAGAAUGGGAUUUCACAAUGCUCAAAGUUUGCGGGCAGCAGUGAUAACUCUCCUCUAAAUAUGGAUUCACUAAAACAGUGUCUUCAACUGCUACAAAAAGUCGAUUCUCAGGAUCAGUUGGAUCAGUAUAUCUUAAUUUUAUGCGCUGCUUGUUCUGUCUUCUCUUUCUCUAUGCCACAUGAAGAUACUGUAACCCUGAUUAGUGAUAUCAUCGAAUGUAGAAAAAGGCGCGUGAAGAAUGCUGUCAACGAAACUCCACAUUGGUCAGAAGUUCUUACAGACGUUAUCCUAAGUGCUAUUUCUUAUCCUAUUCGUAUGUUACGCUCUGCUAGUCGUUUAACCUUUAAGAAAAUGAUUACAGAGAAAGUAUUUGUAUUAACCAGUGAUAAUAACAACAGCAACGCGGAUGGGAAAUAUCCAUCAUGUUUAAAAUUAAUUGGUGAUAUCCUGAAAACGCGACCGACAAAGCGUACCAACAAUAAUUCGAAAUACGAUGAAGGGGAUUCUGAUGAAUCAGAAACAGAAGAAGAUUUAGUUCAAUUUUCAACGAGAUUAGUACAAUCUGAUGAACAGGAGUCAAUGAUGCAGAUUAGUGAUUCAGAGGAGACAGUUGAUGAUGAUAAGGGGAAUAAUGAUGAUGAAGUGAAUCAGGAAACAAGCGGUGAUGAAACUUCAGAUGAUUCUGACUCUGAUCCACUUGAAGAAGACAUUGAUAUUGAUGAUGAUGAAUUGAAAAAAAUUAAAGAGAGUGUACGUGCUGCACUUGGUCCAGCUGCUAUGGACUGUGAAGAAGGUGACACUGAAUUCAAAGAGUUUACAGAUGCAGAAAUGUUCGCACGUAAUGAAGCAUUGGCAGCUGCAUUCCGUGUUCAUAUGCAAACACCUCAACGUAUAGUUGCAGAACAAGCUCGUACACUUGGUCAAUUAAAAAUGAGAUGUUUCGAUUUGAUUGAAUGCAUUCUACAAUAUUGUUCUGAACCACAACUUUUGUUGCCUACUCUUGAUCUUAUCAUUGAUAUAAGCAAAGGAUCUAUUGAAUAUGAAAUGGCUAAAUCACGUAGUGAUUCCACCUCAGAGAAAUCCAUCGUUAAUCAGAAACAGAAAAAGAAAACAAGUUUCGUUGCACGUUACGGCGAUGUCCCACCAUUAUCACGUAUUUCACAUGCAGUCCAGAAAUGUCACUUUAGAUCACAAAGAACUCAAUCGGAAUUUGUUGAAUGCCUUAAAGACUCUGAUCAACAAAUGCAUCUUCAGAAACUUAUUAAAUCAUUCAUAGAUGAUGCUAAACUGAAUGAUGCACCUGCUAAGUACACUGAGCUGCUAUCAAACAUUAUGGAGUUUAUUUUUCGAAGUAUUACACCUCUGAAAGCUGAUUUCCCCGACUUGGAAUCAACUCUGACUGAGUAUUUAUUCGAGAAACUGAAGAAUGUUCUCUCUCAAAGUAAUAAUCAGCCUACACUUUUCUUCAAUUUAUUCACUCAUUGUCAGACGUUCACAGCGAUGGCUGCAAAGCUACUUGUGAAAACAGUUAAAAAAGCGUGCAAAAAACUUGUCAACGGUGUGGAAGAUUUCAGAAAAGUUAAAAUUGGCGAUUUUGAACAAUGUGAUCUCUUAAAUUUGUUCAAAAUAGUUACUCAUAUGGUUAAAUCAAAGGUGGGUGGCGGUGGCGGCGGCGGCUCAUCAGAGACUGCAAGUAUGCCCAGUGAUCUAGGCGUCAAGUUAGCUGAACUACUUGAAGAAUCAGUGAAGAAGACGAGUGAAGAUUCAAUUGAUAACAAUUUGUGGUUCAAUCGUGUCAAUAUAGCGUUAACCUUGUUCGAACUGCUGAUGUGCAUUGCGAAGGCUGAUAAGGAUGUUCUACCAAUAUUUCUUAAUGAGAAUAUUGUCAAACUUCUUGAGAAAUUUCCAUCGAAACACAAAGCUGUCAGAUCUGCAGCUCGUCGAUUUUUAAAUCUGUUACGUGAAGAUGCUCGCAAGCAUGGUCUUCUGGCCUUUACUGAAAAUCGUGAGGAGAAGCUUCGACUCAAAAGGGAACUGAAGAAACAGCGUCAACAGAAGCGUAAAGAAAGGGCAUUGAUGAAAGAAAAGCUAAAAGCUGCCAAAGCAGAAGGCACGCAGAAUAAAACAGUUAAACCGCAAAAACAAAAGAAAAAAAUGAAUAAGCCUAAACAUAAUAGUACUAGUGGUGAUGGUAUGAAAACGAUACCUACACCGAAAAGCACCAAUAAAAUUCGCGUUGGCAAACGAAAACCAAAACCAGUCGAUGAAAAUGUUGGUAAUAAAAAGAUGAAAAUUGCUGAAGAAUAAAAGUUUUCACUUUUCAAAGUUUGUAAAUAAAUAUUUUCACAGUUUACAACUUCUUUGAGCUUCUUUAAUAAUUAUAA